CUUUCAUACUUUAUUAUCACCUUGGCCUUGCUUGAGCCAUUCAGUAAUUAGCCCCAGACAUCCAAGAGGUAUAUCUAAAUGAUCGAAACCUCCCAAAGUUCCGUAGGAGGUGUUAAAAGCAAAGGCCGUGAACACGGGCCGGACGUCAACAAAAGAUGACGUCGGAUUUCAGAUCAGCCCAACCACGCAGCAGUGGCUCUGGCUCGUCGAGAAACCUCCCCAUCCACCCCGGCAAGCAAAAAACUCCCGCACAAUCACCAACACAAAUCCAAAACCAGUCACCGCACGUGGUAGACCCUUUCCUCUCUGACUUUUUGAACCCUUCCUUUGACCCCGUGGCAUACCUCAACUCCGUCCUCCCGCCCCUGCAGACCAGCAGCAGCGGCCGCCCCUCUGCAGCGGCGUCUGCGCGCCAGCCGGUAGGCUCCGGGGGCGGCAGCACUGCGUCGAAGCCCGUGCCGCUGGCCGAGCUCUCGUCGCAGGCCCAGGCCCAGAUCAACCAGCUCAACAUCCACACCACCCGUCUGGCCGCCACCCUCACCCAGCUGACCGACGACAUCCUCCGCAGCGGCAGCCGGCUCGCCUACGAGGUCGAGCUGUUGCGGGGCGAGACCCUUGGGCUGGCCGAGACUCUGACCGAGGGGCUGAGCCAGGACGUCGCAAAGUUUGUGCCCGGAGGUGUGGGAUCCGCCACAACCGCAGCGGCCAGGCAGCCUCCAAGGGCGACGGCGGCUACGGCGCAUGAGGACGAUUCGGGGCAGCGCGGCGAGGGGGAGCAGGAGGAUGCGGCCGGGCCCAAGCCGUCCGACCCGCCCUACAUCGCGCAGCUCCGAACCUUGACCCUCGUCAGGUCGCGGCUGGAGUCGGUCAUCAAGACGUUUGGCGACGCCAUGGAGUUUGUCUUCCCGCCGUCUGAGGUGUCGGUCAGCUCAGGGUUCCUGUCCGUCUCCGCCCCAGACCCCGGCAAGGAGGCGCACAGCACCGAAGAGAAGGGCCAGCAGGUGCUACGGGACCUGCGGGAAGAGAUAUCCGGGCUUCUGGCCGUGUCGGAUCCCAAGGGUAUCGAGGACGCUGUUCACCGCAUAGAAGGCCUCAAGGACCUAAACAAGGUUUGGCAUGGUACGGCUGAAGAGAAGGGUCGGACCAGGUUCCUGGAGAACCUUGCGAAACUGGUUGAGGACCGGCAUCGUGAGCUGCUAAGGGACCUCGAACAGGCCAAGAGGGAUAUCGAGAGAUCUGAUUCUGUCGCAGGCGGAGGCAGUUCUGCAAAGAAGACGACAACUGCCACUACUGCGAAUGCUAGCGAAAGUAGGGGCUACGGUGGAGGAUAUGGCUUUAUUAGCCAGCUGCAAAAAAUUCGGGGUGGGUUGUGAGGUUCCGAAAAUCAUGUAUUUUAUCGGGCCAUAUAUGUAACAGAUGAAUGAAAUAGUCAGCAAGGCCACCCACUGUGAGAUCACGCGUAUGUGAUCAGCGACCCUUUCUUCUUUUCUUCUUUUUUUUCCUAAGUCAUGUUUGCC